AUGGUACCCGAAUCCAGGGCCGCAAGAUUAGUUUCCAGUUUCCCAAUAACAGCAGAUAAUUAUCCGAGAGCCAUUAAACAAUUAAAAUUACGGUUUGGCAGAGAAGAUCUUUUAGUACAAAUAUACGUUCGAGAUCUCCUUUCUCUUGUUAUGAAAAAUGCUACUACCGGAAAGAAUUCUCCUGAUUUAGCAACCCUCUACGAUAUGCUGGAAACAAAAUUAAGAACUUUGGAAAGUUUGGGACGUACGAAAGAGAAAUUUGCUGACUUUCUAGAGCCUCUUGUAGAGUCAUGCUUACCUGAAAAUGUUAUGCAAGCCUGGGAACGGAGUAGAAUUUCUGGAAAUACUGAUGACGUUACCAGUCAGAGAUCCCUCGAAAAACUAAUGUGUUUUUUGAGACAUGAGGUCGAAUCUGAAGAAAUGAUCAGUUUAGCUCGUGAAGGGUUUGGUAGAGAUAAGGGAAGUGGCGAGAAACGAAACGAUUACCACAAAUCGAUCCAAAGAGAUGAACCUACUGCUACUACACUGAUCGCCAACACCUCAGUAGGAAAAAAGAAUUGUAUUUUCUUUGACCGAUCACAUCCAAGUCAAGACUGUCAGAAAAUAGCAGAAAUGAGUUAUGAGGACAGAAAAUCACGAGUUAUACAAAAGAGAUGCUGUCUUGUUUGCCUCAAAUCUGGUCACAUGGCAAAAAGAUGUCACAGUAUUGUAAGAUGCUUAGUUUUUAAACGGAGGCAUUACACAAUACUUUGCCCCGAUCUACGUAAAGGAAUUAAUUCUUCAUCAAAGGACAAAAUAGCAGGUGAUGAACAGAAAUCAACAGAAAUAUUGUUUACGAAUCGUUCUUCUGAACGUGAAAUAUAUCUCAAAACAAUUACGAUCAGACUACGAAACAGAGACAAGGAAGUCUGUGUUCGUGCACUAAUGGAUAAUGGAUUCCAGCGUCCCUAUAUUGAAAAGAGUUUGGCUGAAGAAUUGAAACUUUCUCCCUCUGGAAGCGAAGUGUUUUCUCAAGGACUGUUUGGUGGAGGAACUUCUCCUGCUUCAGAGCAUAAGAGAUACGUAUAUGCAAAAAUUUGCUCAGAGCUACCAAGGAUACAGUAUAGAAGUUUACUUGCUGAUCUAGCUUCUCGAGGAAUAGAAAUAACAGAUGUUGGAAAAGAUACGCCCCCUAUAAGAGUUCUUCUAGGAGCUGAUGUACUUGGAAGAAUUCUGACUGGAAAAAUAGAAGUGUUAAGAUCGGGAGUUUCAGCCAUAGAAACCUUACUAGGUUGGACAAUUUUAGGUCUAGGAAGAAAAAAGAAAAUGGUUAACUUAGUCGCAUUAAGUUUGCAAAAUAUGGAGUUGCAAAAAAUAUGGGAUUUGGACGUUUUAGGCAUUGAAAAUCCCGUUGAAAGAAAAAAUAAGAUCCAACUAAAGGAAGAAACGUUGAUCCAUUUCAGAAAAACAUUAAGAGUCAGUGAAGAUCAGAGAUAUGAAGUAUCUUUGCCAUGGUUGGCUGGACAUCCUUCCCUUUAUGAUAAAUACGACAUAGCAGAAUCCAGACUUCGCACAGCAACUAAACGUUUGUUAAACGAAAAUUAUUUUGAUGCUUACGACGCUGUAUUUAAACAAUGGGAAUCAGAAGGUAUUAUAGAAACUGUACCAAAAGAGCAGAUUACGAAAACAGGUCAUUAUCUCCCCCAUAGACCAGUCAUCAAGCUAUCCAGCAAUACUACGAAGGUUCGACCAGUUUUCGACGCAUCUUUCAAGAAACCUGGAUUUGCUUCCUUGAAUGAAUGCUUAAGUGUGGGACCGAAUCUUAUACAUAGGAUACUGCCAUUACUGUUGAGAUUCCGUUCAGGGGCAUUAGGAGUUAUUGCCGACUUAAAACAAGCAUUUCUUCAGAUACGUUUAAGAGUCGAAGACAGAGAUGUACUAAGGUUCUUGUGGUGGGAAGACGCUGAAUGCACAACAUUUAAGACUUAUCGACACUGCAGAGUGGUGUUCGGUGUGUCUUCCAGUCCAUUUCUUCUAAAUGCCACAAUAAAUUAUCAUCUAGGAUUGCAGAAAUUCCAAACAGAGAGUCUUAAGAAUACGAUUGAUAAUUUAAGAGAAGGAUUUUACGUGGACAACCUAGUCACAAGUGUUAAUAACGUCGAUGAACUGGAGCAUUUAAAAUCUCAAGCUAUCCAAAUAAUGAAAGAAGGUGGGUUUGAAUUACGAUGCUGGGCUUCCAAUAACUCUAGAGAAGGACAAGAAACGGAAAUGGUUCUUGGCAUGAAAUGGAAUUUAGUUAGUGAUGAACUUUCAUGUAAGAUGCCGUUAAAUUUAGUUACCGUCAAUGAAAAGGCAGUUACGAAACGUUUACUUCUUUCUAUCAUCAACAGUAUUUACGAUCCAAUAGGCUUUACUGCUCCAGCGCUAUUGUUGCCCAAAUUCCUUUUGCAGGAAGCGUGGAGAGAGAAACUAAGUUGGGAGGAUGCAUUAUCAGCACAACUUGAGCAGAAGUACAGACGGUGGGAGAAAACCGCUGCUCUCAUACCUGAAUGUACCAUUCCUCGAAGAAUGUUACCUGUAAAUUACGAUAAUGUCGAACUGCAUAUUUUCACAGAUGCAUCUUCUUUUGCAUAUGCUACUUGUGCUUUCUUGCGAUGUGAAUACCGACGUCAAGUGACAGUCAAAUUAAUAGCUGGUAAUCCAAUGAAAAAACCAACAAUCCCAAGACUUGAAUUGCUGGAGCCGCCCUCGGAGCUCGUUUAG